AUGCAAUGCGUUGUGAUGCGAGACCUCGAGGCGGAGAGAAUGAGCCGACGAGCAGAGCAGCCACGGCACCAGACGAGCAGUCCGGGGCGGCUGAUGGAUGAGACGACCUGGAGCAUUGGAGGCCAGCUGCAGCGACGCCCCCGGAAUCGGCUCUCUGGAUGGACGGAUGGACAGAACGACGGGCGUGGACGACACAGCGGCAGCGACGGUGGAGGUUGGAUUGUCGUCAAGCCCAAAUUGGACCGUUGGCUGCUGAAAGUGCGUUCGUUGCUGCAGCUCUUGCAGCGAUCAAAAGCGACAAGGCAGUGGGUUGACGCCCGGAAUAUAGAAAUUCGGUGGACCACCAACGAGCAGACGCUCAUCCAGUCCUUCCCAUCGACGUGGAUGUACGUCCUGAGUAGCUUCUUCAAGACUCGUUAG